UACCUUAGGUUGGGAUGGACGGGCAGCACUUUCGCAUCGGAUGCCAAGGUCUAGGUCUCGAACAUUCGUUUGAUUGAUUUGCCGCAUCAUACUAAUGUACGGCACAUCUUGACGAUAUGGGCACUUGACUGGUGGUUGAUAGCCUAGCUCCACCGAUUGGAAAUCCAGGACCAACCGGCGAGGCGCACAGCCGCCAAACUGGGCUCGAUGAAAGUGCCAGUGCCAUGCACGAGUGAUGCAGCGGCGCGAUGACGGCACUCGGACAUAUCGUCUCGCAGCCAAGUUUUGGAGUGACCUGUGCCCUACGGAGUCUAGCCCAACGCAGGAUGGGGCCGGGAAGCUGGGGGUGUCUCUCAAGCUUGUGCAAAGCGCCCAAAGAGCUGCCGAUUCCGGGGAUGCUUGGCUUCAUUUUCAAAGCAAGAAGCUGUGGAGGGCAAGCGCGCUGCGGCCGGACAGGGACCACGAAGGAAAAUGCAGAAAAUUUCAAAUAUCUGUCCGGAGCCAGCACCCUGAUAAAUAUCAAGCACCUGCUAUACCUGUUUCCUCCCGCUGGUCAAGUUUUCCUGUCUUGGCAGGCCGCCUCUAUAAACCUCCUGUCACAUUGGUUUCUUUCUGCAGGUCCACGUCUGCCGGGGCACACUAUUAGGUCUCUGACGGGCCCUGGUCUCCCGUCAUCAGAUCGUAACUGCCCUUCUUGUCGUCGCCCCCGGGGGCAUGGCUUAACCUAACUUGAACCCGGCUGCAGCCCGCCAGUGAGGUCCACCUGUGACUCCUUCCCCUGAAUUCGAGAAAAUAACGUCAACCCACGCGCGGGAAAGCCACACCACACCAAGGAACCUGGAAUCUUCCACCUUGAACUUCUUGCAAGGGCACACUCAUCACCACCACCAUCUUAUAAG